UGUUUCAAAUGAUUCGGCAAAACAUCUCAAUAAAGACACACCCUUUAUUUCAGUAACUUCACCGAUUCAAUUGUUUACACAGUAGUCCUAGACAUUAUCCAUGUUUUUCGACAGACAAAGUAGAUGGCCGCAGUAACAUUCAUUUCGUUGAAAUAGACAGCCACGUCGGAAAAGCACAGAUGAAGACCAUGUCAUUUGGUGGCAUCAGUAAAGAUGGAUGGCUGAAUUACAAGCAGAUAUUCACAGAAAAAGGAAAGAAAGUCUGCAGCGGCAUUCGACCAUGGAAGCAAGUGUUUUCCGUGCUCCGCUCCAACUCCCUCUUCCUGUUUAAGAACAAGAACAAGGCGGUGCUGCCUGCGACAGCCGCAUAUCAGGACGAUUAUCCUUCGAUCAACAUCGGCGGCUGCCUCAUCGACAUCGCAUACAGCGAGACCAAACGCAAGCACACGCUGAGGCUGACCACGCAUGACUUCUGCGAGUACCUGCUGCAGGCCCAGAACCGGGAUGACAUGUUGUCCUGGAUCACAAACAUCAGGGAGAACAGCAAGAUCGACAAUGGGGAGAUUGGUUUCACAAGACAAAGCCUCAUCAAGAAGAAACUGAGUGACAGGAAACGAAGUCCUGUGGGUAGAAGUCCGGCCUCUCCAUCAAGAACCUUGCUGCAGGACAAAGCUGUGAACCGCCCACCCAGAGGAGGUCGCAAAGCAGUGUGGGGCAUCAUGAACAAGAGGAAGAAAGCAAAAGGUGUUGAAGUUUUAGGUGUGCGACUGGAGGACUGUCAGCCGGCUGUCAAUCAUAAAUUUGUGCCUCUCAUUGUGGAGAUGUGCUGCAGUGCGGUGGAGGCCAAAGGUCUGGAGUACAUCGGAAUCUACCGUAUCCCUGGCAACAAUGUCAUGUUGUCAAAGCUACUGCAGCAUCUGAGCAAGGGCCUGGACAUCAGCACUGCUGAGGCGAGAUGCCGGGACCUGAACGUGAUCAGCAGCCUAUUGAAGACCUUCUUCAGGAAGCUGCCGGAGCCUUUGCUGACUGAUGAGAAAUAUGGUGACUUUAUUGAGGCCAGUCGAAUAACGGACAGUGAAGACAAGCUGAAGACCAUGAAUAAGUUGGUUCACGACCUGCCGGACCACCAUUAUCACACCCUGAAGUACCUGGUGGGCCACCUGAAGCGUGUGGCAGACAACUCUGAGAAGAACAAGAUGAACUCCAGAAACCUGGCGCUGGUGUUCGGCCCAACUCUGGUGAGAGACUCACUGGACAACAUGACGGAGAUGAUCACUCACAUGACUAACCAGUACAAGAUCGUGGAGACGAUGAUCCUGCAUUAUAACCAGAUCUUCAGUUAGGGGCAGUGCUGUGAAGAGGAGAAAACACAUCUCUAACUUUGGUUUACGGUUAACAUCACACUGCAGGUCACCCUUUUUACUUACCUGGACCCACGAGUCACCGGUCAGCUGAACACUUCAGUUCCAAACCACCAACAACUUAGCAAACGCUCAUCAUUUUCAUUGUCACCAUUAAAUCGUAUGUGCAGCAUGGCAGAGUGCUCCUGCAGCAACUUUAGCAAAAUUGACAAGACUGGGAUGAAGACAUACAGUAUUUGUUUGUUUUAUGAGCAUUUCUUUACAUACGUAUAAAUGUCAGGAAAAAGACAGUCCUGCAGAGAACAAAUACAAAUAAUAAUAAUAAUAAUAAAUAAAUAAAUAUAAAUAACUUGUGCACUAGUGACACUCAAGUGACUAUACUUCUUUCUGUUUCUGUCCUCCAGUUUUAUUGUAAAUUUACUGCUUUAACUCCCACCACGCACAUUUUGAGGAUUAAGACUUCAAAAAUAACUUGGUCAUUAUGAUGAGGUUUCAGUUUGGUUCAGAGUCUUGGUUAAGUUUAGCCAUUUGUUUUGGAUGGUUAGGUCUCGGGUGAGAGGCUGGGCAAAGCAUGAAAGCCAAUGAAAUGACAGUGCCAUCAGGUGGCCUCUGAAAAUCAGGACGCUGUGUCAUGAGACCUCCACAAUCCUUCAACACAGUGUCAUGAAAGCUCAUCUACCCAUCACCAGUUCUCAACAUCUUCAAUCUGCUUUUGUUUUCCUCAGUUUUUAUGUGUGUGUUUCUAUCACUAGUCAUAACUGUGUUUUUAGUAUUAGUACUCCAGUACUGGAGUGUUAGAUUAUAUAUUAUUACCAUGGUAUUAUAGUAAUAUUUUUGCAGAUAAUUUAAAUCAAGGUUGUUGUUUUUUUUAUUUGAACUGUAUUUUUAUUAUUUUUAUAUCUUUGUGAAGUGAAGUCUCAAAUUCAGAGUGUCAUGUAACAGCUCUGCUGUCAGUCUUGUUCUGCUCCCAUUGAUUUUGCCACAGGAACUUCAGUGCACUAAAGUAAGUAGAUAACCAACAGAAGACGCCUAGAGGAAGUUGGGAGUCUCACCACGUCCUGUGGAUCUGUAUGUUCUUUCUCAGAUCUUGAACAGCCCCUCAUAUGUCGGGAGAUACGAGGCAAUUCAAAGGACAGAAUAAAGAACUGGAAGAAAAGAACGAAAAUGCUGACAAUCGUCAAAAAAUGUGAAAUGAGAGAGAUGUGCGAUAGAGACAGCAGGAUUAGGUUGGAUCAUUGUAAAAGGUCAAUACCGUCGCCACUCAGCAGGAGCUUUUAUUUUGAAGGCCACUCACUGCAACAUGUCAUUCAAUAAGCUGCACUACAAAUCAUCUCAGGAGUUUGUCAACCAAACAGCACUUGCUGUCCCACUUCCCCAAAUGACCCCACCAUGACCUCCUCUGACCUGAUAAUGCUACUGACUGGAGACAUUUUGUAUCUAUUAUUUGUGAUACAAAAUACAUAAAACAAAUAUUAGCUUAAUUUUUUUCAGGCACGCAUACAUUUAGAUUUGCAAUUCAAGAUUUAUCUUGGUAACAGGAAAAAUACAGUCAUACAUUUUACCACAAAAAUAUUGUCAGUAGCUAAUGUCAGUCCCAGUUUACUGUCAAUUUUAAAGCAUUUUGCGUUUUAUUUAUAUUACAAAUAUGCCAAUACCAUUAUCGAUAGAGUAAACUCAAGAUAUUGAAUUGAACAUGCCGUUUUCACGUAAUAACCAUAUUAGAUUAUAUGUUCAAAUGAAAUCUGUCUUUGUUGAGAUGAGUUUAUGAAGUGCCUUGCGCAACUGUGCCACAUGACAAGUGCUGAUAAGAUGUCUGAACGGAAAGCAGUAGUCAUAGACUGCAGAGUCAGACCCAAGUAAAAAUGCAAUCCUGAGCUUCAUGACUUUAGUGUUUGACAUGUUGGUGUAGGCAGAACUUUAACGGAAAUCAAGAUCUUGAACUGCUGACUUAAAGGCCUCUUUUGCCAAGUGAACUGGAGGCAGCUCGGUAAACACAUGUUUCUUUGUUUCUAGUAAACGACAAUGAAAUUAAAAGAUCAUGAAAAUGAUUUGCCCUUUAAACGUGAAGCAACAAUUGUUAAAAAAGUGGGUAACACUACUGAAUUGUCUCGCUCAUGAGGGUGUCCAUCUCCUAUUAACACAGCUCAUUGGACCUUUGUGCUGUCGACCAACCCAACUCAGGCUGGAAUAAAGAGGUUUCACCGGAGGAGACUGUUGCAAAACAACACUGUUCACGGGCCUGUUUCCUCCCUGCGCACCCCGUCUCAGCCCCAAAUGUGAGUCGCAGUAAGACAGAAGAGCAAGCAUGAAAGCAUAUGAUCUGAGAAACGCAGUAGGAGUACUAGUAGUAGUAGGAGUAGCAUCGCUGGUAAACAAAUCAUCUCUUCUAGAAACAGGUUUUACAGGUAACACGAGUGAUGGGUCGAUGAGGUAUCAUGAAACAGUGUUGCAGGGUUGAUGAAACAUUGUCAUUGUUUUCAGAGGCCACUAGAUGGCGCUCUUGGUUUCGAA